GGCUGGUAGGAAGAACCACCAGUUGUGGCAGGAACCUCAUUCAUUACUGCUGUGAAUUAUUUUCUAGACAUUGAAGAAAAGGGGGCCCAGUAAAUACCAAAUGUUAUACCACUUGGCACAUUUAAUUCUAGAAUGUCUGCGGAAUUAAGAAUUGCUUUUCACAAUUCCUUUACCAAUUUGAUCAUUUUCUUGGUCCUUUUUAAAGUGAUUGAAGCAUCAAUGCAUCAAUUACCCUUAAGAUUAAGAACUAGAGCUAGAGCCGGGAACUUAGAAACUAGAGCCCCAUUUAUACUCGCUCCUCUGAGUUCGUCCAUCGACGCCUAUCAGCCUCUUCGAGAGAAAGAGAUUUGUCGCAGUAUAGAAGUUAGAAAUGGCCCCCAACAAUUUUCGGAAUUGGAGGGAUGCCGAGUGGUGGAAGGUUUCCUUCACAUUGUUUUGAUGGAAAAUUUGGACUUUGCCAGCGACUUGAAUAAUCGCAGCUUCCCGGCCUUGCGGGAAAUCACGGGCUAUUUGCUCUUUUACCGCGUCUUUGGCCUACGCUCCAUCGGCCAACUGUUUCCCAAUUUGGCCGUCAUCCGCGGCCAGCAGCUCCUUUUCGAUUUCUCAUUCGUCGUUCAUGAACUCAUGCACCUACAGGAAAUUGGACUGAAAUCGUUGGCGGAACUGCAGCGCGGAUCCGUCCUCAUUGAGAAAAAUCCAAAUCUCUGCUACGUGGAAUCGAUCGAUUGGGAUCGAAUUGGUUAUUCCGGUCGCCUUUAUCAUUCAAUCCAGGAUAAUGGAAAGAUCAGUGAAUGCCCAAAAUGCCAGGAUCGUUGCCCAGCCGGUGGAGAUGGCCAGAAACUUUGUUGGAACAACGACGAGUGCCAGAAAGUGUGCGACCAAUGCGGUCAGGGCGUCAGUAGAGCGUGCAGCGUGAUGACAACAGAAGUUGGGCGUCCGUCCGAAAUGCUCUGCUGUCACGAGGAGUGCGCCGGCGGGUGCAGUGGUGGUCAGAGCAACCAGUGCGACGUUUGCAAACACGUCAUCCACAACGGCGAAUGCCGAUCCGCCUGUCCUCCUGGUUAUUUUUUGUUUAUGGAGCGACGAUGCGUCACCGACGUCGAGUGCAUCACCAUGCUACCCCCACGCCAAUCUGUCCAGGUAUAUCCGUACGUCAAAAAGAAUUGGAAGGUCUUUGCUGAGUCGGGGGAAUGCAUCUUGGAAUGUCCGCCUGGCUUUCAGGAACAAAAAAGACAUCACAAUGAUACUCUACAUUAUUUUACCUGCGUUCCCUGUCAAGGCACUUGUCCGAAGGUGUGCCAUGGAUUGUUCGUUAGCAACAUCGAAACGGUCCAAAAGUUGCGUGGAUGCACAACAAUCGAUGGCGACCUGGAAAUGCUUAUCAAAGGAGGCGACAACAUCAUCCAGGAACUGGAAAGGAGUCUCGGCAGCAUCGAAGUGAUUAAAGGAGUUCUCAAAAUCACGCGCUCCUUUCCCAUCUUGUCGCUCAGUUUCUUCAAGAGUCUCAGGACCAUUACCGGGAAACCGGAAACGAUACAUUCCAGUGGGAGCAAAAAUUUCGACGACGAAUACGCGUUGAUUGUUCAGAAUAAUCAAAACUUGCAGAAUCUAUGGCCCAAGACACAGAAUUUGACGAUCCAUAAAAAGAUGUUAUUCCAUUUCAAUCCCAAGUUAUGUUUGAAUUUAAUAGAAGAACUGGUCAACUCAAGUACCGUACCAGGAACUUUGUCUGUUAAGCAUUCAGACGUUGACAUUUCGCCUUGGUCCAAUGGCGAUAAAGCGACUUGUGACAAAAAAGUUCUCAACGUCACUAUUGUUCACAAGUCGGACAAAAGCAUGCUAUUAAGUUGGAACAAUUUUGGAGCGACAUUGGCUGACAAACGUCAGUUAUUAGGUUAUGUAAUCUCAUACAUUGAGGCGCCUUAUAAAAACGUCUCUUACUUUGACCAUCUUGACGCUUGUGGUGUUACCGGGUGGACCACAAUUGAUGUCGCUGCUUAUCAUGACGCUGAACCCGAAGAGAACGAAAUGACCUUUAUUUUUUAUCUCAAGCCUUACACUCGAUACGCCGUCUUUGUAGAGACUUUCACAGUAGAGCUUCUUCAAACUGACAAACGAAUUGGCGCACGUAGCCCAAUUCUAUACGAAAGAACAAGUCCAGCAGAACCCGAUCAACCGGAGGAUUUGAGAGCCUAUUCUAAUUCCAGCUCUGAACUUCUUAUUGAAUGGAAACCACCACUUAAUCCAAACGGGAUUGUGACGCAUUACAUCGUCACUGGCAGUUGGAGUAAAGACGACCAAGACUAUUAUGACAGUCUCGAUUCUUGCCCUGAACAUGCUGUUCCUUCAGUGAGCGACAAUAAAAAGAAACCAAAGGCUUUAGAACCCAAAUCAAAAGAAAAAUUAGAAAUGGAACAAAUAUUCAAAACGGAAUUCGAAAACUAUCUUCAUGAUAAAAUCUAUACCAGAGACCCCGUUGUACUCGGUAGAAGGAAACGACAUGUGGGCACGACUACUGAAACUGGAGAUCAUGAAAACCACGUCAUAGACGAAUUCCCCGAUCACACAAUUACUUCUUCUCACGACCAAGCAAUUGGAAUUGCGGCCGGUGAAAAUCAUUCGAACAUGUACGAUGGCAAUAAUCGGUUGAUCACAUUUUAUCAAAAAGUGACGGGUACGAGUUACACUGUGGUCGGUGUACGACACUACGCCGAAUAUACCAUACAGGUGAUGGCUUGUCAUGAUCACGAUCCCGUCAGGAAUAGGACCCUAUGUAGUCCGACAGCUGCUAUGACUUCCCUUCGCACCAAAAAGAGUGAUUUUGAGGAUGAUAUCGUUGGUGGGAUAGUGAGAUACGAAUCGAAUUACACGUCUCCAUCAAUAAAAAUCGGUUGGCAUGAACCGGAGGAUCCCAACGGACUUGUUAUAAAAUAUCUACUGGAGUACAGACGAUCAGACAACGACCAAAUUGUUAAAGAAUGCAUUCGCCGGAAGGACUUUGAAAAUAGCCAAAGGACUAAAAUAAUGACCAAUCUAUUACCGGGCAACUAUUGCGUUCAAGUUCGAGCGGUUUCAUUGGCCGGAACAGGAAAACCUACGAAGGAAUUUUGCUUCCUUAUCGAGGGAAAUGUUAACGGAUUUGACCUUGGUUUGAUAUCCGGCAUAUUUAUCCUCGUCAGUUUUGUAUUAAUAUUGUUGGGUUUUGCCAUUCGAUACUUGGUAAAGCACAAAAAGACCAGGAAAAACUACGGAACUGUCUUAGGAAAUCGAGAUCAUCGCAAAAAAGUCCCCAAAGAAUGGGAAGUAGCACGAGAUAAUGUCGUCUUCAUCCGUGAAAUGGGUAAGGGCUCUUUCGGUAUUCUCUACGAAGGCCUGUUGCGUAACACAGUGCCCAAACAGCCGGAAGUCAAAUGUGCCGUUAAAAUGGUCAUUCCAAGAGCCAUCGUCAAGGAGCACAUUGAAUUACUUGAAGAAAAAAAUCUUGUCAUCAAGAACUUGAACGCUCACCACGUCGUCCAACUUUUGGGAGUCGUCACUAUAAACCAGCCGAUGUUGAUCGUCAUGGAGUUAAUGGAUAAUGGAGACUUGAAAUCCUUUUUACGUUCCCAUCGUCCCGAUCACGAAGAAUACGCCAGUAAAGGUCGUCAACCGCUUACCCUUAAGUCCAUGUUGAAGAUGGCGAUCGAAAUUGCCGAUGGCAUGAUGUAUCUGUCGGAAAACAAGUACGUCCAUCGCAGUUUGAUUGCACAAGAUUGCAUGGUGGCCAGUGAUCUUACCGUCAAGAUUGGCGGUUUUAGGUUGACAAGAGAAAUUUCUGAAGAAGGUUAUUAUAAAAUGAACGAAGAAAUUGAACUCCUUCCCAUUCGAUGGAUGGCACCCGAGUCACUAUGUGAUGUUUUCUAUACCUCCCAAUGUGAUGUCUGGAGUUUUGGCGUCGUGUUGUGGGAAAUAGCAACUCUCGCAUCGCAUCCCCAUCAGGAUUUGACUAAUGACCAGGUUCUCGAGUACGUGAAGGCUGGCGGAGUUUUGCAACGGCCGGAAGGUUGCCCAGACAGACUGUUUAAUCUUAUGGAAAGCUGUUGGCAGUUUCAACCGAAUAAACGACCCACCUUCGCUGAAAUCAUCGAAAAUAUUUUGCCAGACCAACAAGUUCCUCUGAAGUUCACCACCGUUUCGUAUUACCAUUCGAACGCCGGAGUAAGCGCGCGUAAAGUCCGAAAGGAAAGAGAAGCUCAACUUGUAAACGAUCUGUCGUCUAAGCAGCUUGCAUGUAGUGAAAUCUACCUUUCAUCGCAAAAUAAUUGCCAUUUUCAAAUUUUGCCGAGUGACAAUAAUGUAGCUAGAGUGUAGAGAAAAACGAAAUCAGCGAUCCACCCCACCAUCCUUCUCUUAUAAUAAUUUGUAACGGCUUAUACUGCUGGUCAACCAAAAUCAAGUACAUUUUCAUUUCACUUAAAUAAUGUUGGUAAGUUACUUAAAUUUUAGAACUCAUUGGCUGUAUCGCGACAAUAGAACUCCAAUAAUUUUUUAA